AAAUGAGAGAACCAAGGAAUGAGGACCUAAUUAACAUCAGAGCGCAGGAGAUCUGUAACCAACAGGAAACCAAAUGCUAAGAACUGCAUAACUUGAAACCAAUGAACACUGAACAAAGAAUUUCUAUGGGUUUUGACUGUCCUUUUCCCAGACCAGGCAUCUCUGACCACAUCAGGGGGUGAUGCUGCUCACAGCUUCGGCAGUGUAAGCUGACAGUAGGACUCAUCAGCGCGACACCAUCCCUAAUGCAAGAAAACAAGGGAAAUACUCCUAUCAAAAUUUGAAUGACCCAUUUUGGAGGCACUGGAUGGCAGAAUUGCUGCAGAUGGAGCCAGCAGAGGAACAAGAUGCAGGAAACCACACCCAGCUGACUGAAUUCAUCCUCUCUGGAUUGUCCAGCCGCCCAGAACUCCAGCACUUGCUGUUCUUCACAAUCUGCUUCAUUUACAGCCUCAUCGGAAACCUCCUCAUCUGCACGGUCACAGCCCACCCCACCCUCCACACGCCCAUGUACUUCUUCCUGCGCGUCCUGUCCUUCCUGGAUAUUUCCACAGCGUCAGUGGUUGUCCCCAAGAUGCUGGCAAACAUCCUGUCAGAGGAGAGGAGCAUCUCCUACCUGGGCUGUGUCGCCCAGCUCUACUGUGUGGUGUUCCUGGCGGCCACUGAGUGGUACCUGCUGGCAGCCAUGGCCUACGACCGCUACGUGGCCGUGUGCCGCCCGCUGAGGUACCCUGCCGUCAUGAGCCCCAGGGCCUGCCUCUCCCUGCUGCUGCUCUGCUGCUGCAGUGGCAAGGUCGUGUCGGUGGUGCAGACAGCCUGGGUGUUCGCCCUGCCCCUCUGUGGGCCCAGGAGGAUCAACUACUUCUUCUGUGACAUCCCCCCGCUGGUGCUGCUGUCCUGCGCGGACACGUCGCGCUACGAGCGGCAGCUGCUCUCGGCCACGGUGCUCGUCAUCUUCACGCCCUUCUGCCUCAUCCUGCUGUCCUACGGCUGCAUCAUCUCCAGCGUCCUGAGGGUUUCCUCUGCAGAGAGCAGACGCAAGGCCUUCUCCACCUGUUCCUCACACCUUACCGUGGUAACGUUGUACUGCGCGAGUGGGACUUUGAUUUACUUGCAGCCAAAAUCCAGUAAUUCACAAGAGGCUAAGAAAAUCUUUGCUCUCAUAUACACAACUGUAAUUCCCACUUUAAACCCCCUGAUUUACAGCCUGAGGAAUAAAGAAGUGAAAGAAGUACUAAUCAGAGGGGUGGCUGUGUUGACAAAGAAAUAAAGAUUUUCUUGUCCAUUAAUGUGUGGAUUAAAAACCUUAUUUCCAUUUUUGGUGAGUUCUGACUGUUUACUAGCUCAGUGGAAACUACAGGCACAAAGAUCUGUUUCCCACUUGUAAAUAUUUUGUCUUUAUUCUUUGCUUCAGAAGCAAAUUAUUUAGAAUUUCUAUCUCCAUCUCUUCCAUAGGAGUAAAAUAUAUAUAUUUAUUCUAAAACAGAGCACUUCCCAUGUCUAAUUCAGGUAUUCAGGCUGCAACUCCUCACUUCAUUGCAGGAGUUCUCCUCACCCUCUUACUGAAUAAAUACUUUUAUUGUGAAUUUUCCAGGCUAAGCAUACACUAAUUGGUAGAGACUACAUAUUUUGCUUUGCCUUUUUUUCCCCUUAUUAUAUAUUUUCCAUUCCUUCCAGCAGAAAAGAGGUCCACUGAAUGAAAGGGAUAAGGAAAUCAGUUCACUUCUUUCACAGCCUUGUUUUUCAUUUGAGGUGUGAGGAAAGUGAAGGAAAGGAAGAUGAACUGAUGGUCAUUCCUUAUUUCCAGGAAGAACUCAGCAUUUAAUGCAGUGCAGUGCCCACACCCUCCAAGCACCAUGGAGUCUGAGCCAUGGGAAAGAGAACUGCAAAUCCCAGUUGGAGAAAUUCAUCCAGGCUUGGAAAGAAGAGUUUCCAGAAGAUUAUCUGAGACAGAGGAUUAGCACACAGAGAAAAGGGCUGCUACAGCCUGGAGUAUUUAUUUGGGGGGGUUUUGCAGUUUAUUCUGGAUAGAAGAGGUGCUCUGGCUCAGUGAAUAGCCUGGCCAGAGCCUGCAGCACUCAAACUGUACUUUCCAUACUGAGGUCAAGCAAAAGAAAUCUUCAUUACCAGUAUGGGCCUUCGAGGUCUCUCUGUUUCAUCUGACUUACCUACCUGGCCAUAAAGGCAGAAAAGAGCAGUAAAAUUGAGUGUAAUGUUCUUUUUUUGGUUUAGUUUUCUUGUAAAAGAGAAAAGCAAUGUAAGUCAUCUCAGGAUGAAGUCAUUGCCUGACUUCAGAAACUUCACAACAACGACUUAAUGACGAAUUGGUUAAUUGCAUUUGGCAAUGUUGUUUGCUUAGACUCCUCUGGGGAACUUAACUUGUCUCUGUAUUGUUGAAACCCUUUUUUCUUCAUAAUUGGAGCACUGGAGAAAGAGUUAAUGAAACUUCAUUUGCAUUUCUACAGACUUUGCUUCUGGGAGCUCAUCUACUUUUACCUCUGUAAAAACAGAGAAUUUUUUUCUUGUUUUAUUAUUCAGAAAAAUAAUACUGAAAAAAGCAUUUCUUAAAAUAAAAGUUUAAUGACUCUAAGUAUAAUAACAGUAGUGUUAAUCACUUUAAGGGACAUUGCAUUCCAAAUGGUUAAAGGUUUUAAUUUGCCUCUUUUAAAGCUGUUUCAGACUCUGGUCCAAAGAGAAAGAGACAUCCAGAAUCUUUCAUCCAUUUAGAACAAACCUUUUUUAUUCCUGCUGCAGUGCCCUCCCACCAAGCACUAUCAGCAAUUUUCUGUUUUUCCUGAAUUCAUCUCUUCUGUCUCCUGUUUCCACAUGUGCACAAAGGAUACCCCAAACAGAAACUGAGGUGGUGGGAAACAAGGCAGGUUUUUAGCUGUUGUAAAUCAGAAUUUCACCUCUAGCAAGGGGCACUGAUCUUUGGUCCCUAAGAAACACAGCCACGGGUUUUGCUAGAGCUGAGCUCACACUCAGACCAUCCUGUCUCCUCUAUAAAAAAGAGAAAUUCUGGUUAAAUGAUGUCAUUCAGUGCAUCACAGCUUCACAAAUAGACCCGGGCAGAAGUUUGUGCCUGGAUUCAUCUCCCCAACCCCAAUAUGUGAACUAUUGAUUCUAGCAUUUUUAUGGAAGAAUGCAUUUAAAAAAAUCGUAUAUGUCAACAUUUUAAUUUAUUUAUAUCAAUUAUUUUCAGUCUGUGUGAAGUGGUAUUUAAUAACUAAUUAAUUCACUUUUUCUGCCAAAAAUUGGUACUGAUUUAAAUGUCUGUCUUGAUGUGGGCUGCUGAACUCAACAUGUUGCCACAGUUUGUGGUUCUGUCAAAUCACCUCCUGCCAUGGGUGCACUUGAUCUCCUUAAGGAAGCUCCAAGAAAACAGCUGAAU